AUGACAUCAGUCCGCGGUGCUGUUACAAAAGUUUCGAACAGCAUUGCUGGCUACGUUUAUCCUCGCAACUAUAGUGCCACUGAACGCCACUCUCAUGAUGAGCAAUCUGGAACCAUUAAUACCAAACGCAUCAAGUUGGAGGCCGAUGCCGACUCCGUAGAUACCGCAGUUACUCUGGAACAACGUCGAGCUACCGAUCCGCAAUCGUCUUUGAAGACCAAUCUCGUUUGGGUGGAAGAAUCAACCAGAGCCGCUCACUGGCAUCAAGUAGCUUUACUUGUUCAGGCACUGAAAGAUAUUGAGCAUCGUCUUCAGGAGAGGCAUCUUGAGGCAAAAGCUAGCUCGUCCAUCUCUCUAUCAGGCAAAGAGUGCUGUCAUCAAUGUGGCUGCUCUUUAAGCAUUCAUCGCCAGACAUUCCUCCAAACUGCUGCCAUUAUCGAGCACAUUUAUUCUCAAACUUUCCUGGCAAGACUGAAGGAGAUCUCAAAACAGCCCCACUCGAAAAUGGACUACGCAACAGACCCAGACGAGUACCUCGCUAUCUCGGCCGCGAAGUUAUUUCUUGACGACCUACCAGAGGACACUGUGUCUUCCUUGGCCGAAGCAGGUGUGAUGCCCAGGGUUGUUAAGGGUGUCAGUGCCGACUUGGGCGCUAUUAAAGAUCAGAAGCCAAUGCCUGGGCUGGUCCAGAGAGCUGGCUUUGUUGGCAAAAUGAUGAAGUUUUUUCGAGGACGCGACAGUUUCGGAUUUGAUUCUUCAGCCCAAACCAUGCCUGGUAGCUUCCCAGACGCGCGAAUCAAGGAGUCUGUAUGCGAGGAAGAUAGUUUAUCACAAACUAAAUCUGAGGAAAGAGGACGGAGGACAAAUACCACAAAGCCGUUCAUGCCUGUCACACAGACAGACACCUACAACUACAUCCGAGAACACUUGGCUGGGAUGGAGAUCAAGGGCCGGUCUCUACAGAACAAGACACCAGCAGGGACCAUGCCUUUCUCUAAAGUAAAUACAGGUCUCAUCCCUAAAAAAGAAAGACAGUCGCUAGCGCUGAAGCGCCUGCAGAGGUCUCGAGGUUUGAAGAAGGUACAAUUCUUAACAUCUGCGAGCCGGUCUUUGCCCCCGCCAGCCAAACCGGCAGGCUUCUUAUAUAAGAUAUUCGGCUCUCGCAAUGACAAUCCCCUCAGCUCUUCACUCCGAUAUGCCCAAGAUAAUAGUGUUUCAGGCAACAUACAAACUGGCGGAUCUCCUGACAGUCGGAAAUGUGGGAAGCCAAGCGAGAAGUUGAGCAAAGACCUGGAGACGGACAACACAGCGGGGGGUAGUGAUGAGGAAGAUACCAUGACUAGAUGCCGACUGAAACUUGUGCAGCAUUUGAAUGAAUCUUUGGACGGGCACAAAACCAAUAACCCACCCAGAGGGGACGAAUCUACGUUGAUCCCGGCUAGCCCACUCAGCCCUCCAACACUCGCAGGCUUAAGAAUUUCAGACGAUAAAGAGGGCGAGCUUGACGACUUGAGUGCCGCUUUACAACUAAUGCUCGAUGAGGACGAAGCUCAACGAAAAGCUGAAGAAGCCAGAAAAGCCAAAGAAGCAGAUGAAGAAAAGCUACGCAAGACUGGUGGGCUACGUGUCCCUCGGAAACGUCUGGUCACGCCACUUUCAGCAAACUGGUCCCAGCGAGUUCAGGAUACAGUUCGGGCCCAGCCUCAUCAGGUACUAUCAGUUACAGCUGAGAGUGUUGAGCUGAGGCGGCACGAUUUCUUGAAAGUCGUUCCCGAGACUGAAUGGUUAAACGACGAGAUUGUCAACGGCUCGCUACUAUGGCUGGAUCGAUAUAUUAACGAAGCAGCAGGUGCUGUGGAUAUUCGCUCGACCAAGAGGGUGUGCUUAGCCAUGAACUCUUUUUUCUACAAAAGGCUAGAGGAUAAUGGUGUGCAUAAUACUGAACGAGCACUUCGACGGUUUGGAGUAACGAAGGCCAACUUCCUCAAUUUGGAGACGAUCCUCAUGCCAAUCUGCAAGAGCAACCAUUGGACUUUACUUGUCAUCCGGCCACAGAAACGGACAAUCUCACACAUGGAUUCGCUCAACCCGCGGGGAUCGCCAAUCCACACCAAGAGAGCCUUAGAAUGGAUCAAGGCCUUGUUGGGUGAUGAUUUUCGAGAAAGCGAGUGGAGGACUGUACGGCAUGAUGCUCCUGUUCAAGACAAUGGAUAUGACUGCGGGGUAUUUACAAUCACCAACGGAAUAUGUUUGGCUCUAGGGCUCAACGCCAUUGAUGCUUACUCGAACGAUGAGCUACCACUUCAGCGCCUACGGAUUGCAGCGAUGCUUCUGAACAAAGGCUUCAAAGGCGAUUUCGAUCUCUCGGACCUUUGA